CGGGGAGAAGCGACGAGACGAGCUGGGCUUCUUGUUUUUCUUCUUCUUGGCGUUGACUUGCUCAUCCGGCUCACCUCUUCUCGGGGGGGUGUGUGUGGGUUGCUGUCGCCUCCUUAGCAUCCUGACGCUAGCUUAAAAGGAACAAAAACUCUAUAGAGUUUUCUAGACCAGAGGCCCCACAGCAUCCUUUAAAAGUAGAACAACCUGAGUGCUGGUGGAUAACCCCAUCCAAAGCACAGCUAGCGAAUUAGACCUGACAGUGGAUACUACAGCUUCCAUCCAGACAGCAAACCAAAGCAGGGCAUUUCUACAGUUUGUCUGUGUGUGUGUUUUAAAUAGCUGACGCCGUUUCUAGUUUGGGCAAGAACUUUUUAUUUUCAAGUUAUCUGUAAAAAUGAGUCCUGGAAUGGAAGCGCCUGAUGUCGCUGUGGUUGCACUCUACUUUGUCCUGGUACUCGUCAUCGGGUUUUUUGCCAUGUGGAAAUCCAACCGCAGCACUGUGAGCGGUUACUUCCUGGCCGGACGCUCCAUGACGUGGAUCGUGAUCGGCGCCUCGCUCUUCGUGAGUAAUAUUGGCAGCGAACAUUUCAUCGGUCUGGCCGGGUCGGGAGCGGCGAGCGGCUUUGCUGUGGGAGCAUGGGAAUUCAACGCUGUUCUGCUACUGCAGCUGCUCGGCUGGGUGUUCAUUCCCGUUUACAUCCAUUCAGGAGUGUUCACCAUGCCCGAGUACCUGUCUAAACGGUAUGGUGGCAACCGGCUCAAGGUCUACUUUGCUUUCCUGUCUGUGCUCCUCUACAUUUUCACCAGGCUGUCGGUGGACUUGUACGCAGGCGCUCUCUUCAUCCAGGAGUCCCUCGGGUGGAACCUUUACCUGUCUAUAGUCCUGCUCAUUAGCAUGACCGCCCUACUCACCAUCACCGGUGGGCUGGUAGCUGUUCUGUACACGGAUGCCCUUCAGGCUGUGUUGAUGAUUGGUGGAGCCUUAACAUUAACCAUCAUCAGUCUUGUUAAAGUGGGUGGGCUAGAAGGUGUCAGAGCUAAGUACAUGGAAGCUGUCCCCAAUGUCACUGCCAUAAUGGCUACUGGGAACUAUUCCUAUUCUCCCUCCUGUCCCAUCCAUCCCAAACCCAACUCCCUUCGCAUCCUCCAUGGACCUUUGGAUGAAGACAUUCCAUGGCCGGGCUUUAUUCUAGGCCAAACCACCGCCUCCAUUUGGUACUGGUGUGCCGACCAGGUCAUAGUUCAGAGAGUUCUGGCAGCAAAAAACAUUGCUCACGCUAAGUGCUCGACACUCAUGGCGGGAAUCCUUAAGAUCCUUCCCAUGUUUAUAAUCGUCAUCCCGGGUAUGAUCUCCCGCAUCUUGUUCACAGACGACAUUGCCUGCAUCGGGCCUGAGCACUGCAUGGCCGUGUGCGGCUCUCAGGCGGGCUGCUCCAACAUCGCGUAUCCUCGUCUGGUCAUGGCCGUGAUGCCCGUGGGACUCCGCGGUCUGAUGAUGGCGGUCAUGAUCGCCGCCCUGAUGAGCGAUCUCGACUCCAUCUUCAACAGUGCGAGUACCAUCUUCACCUUGGACAUCUACCAAACAUUUCGAAAGAAGGCGUCUCAGCGCGAGCUGCUCAUCGUGGGUCGUCUGUUCGUGGUGCUCAUGGUGGCCGUCAGUAUCGCCUGGGUUCCCGUCAUCAUCGAGAUGCAAGGUGGACAGACGUAUCUUUACAUCCAGGAGGUGGCCGGCUACCUCACCCCCCCCAUCGCCGCCCUCUUCCUGCUCGGCGUGUUCUGGAAGCGGUGUAGUGAGAAAGGGGCGUUCUGGGGAGGCAUGACCGGUUUCAUUCUGGGUACCAUCCGACUGGUCCUGGCUUUUAUCUACCGCCAGCCUCGCUGCGACCAGCCGGACACCCGACCCGCUUUCAUCGCCCACGUCCACUACAUGUAUGUGGCAACUGCUCUGUUCUGGAUUUCAGGCCUUGUGGCUGUGGUGGUCAGUCUACUCACAUCUCCGCCUGACGAGGAUCAGAUUCGCACCACGACAGUGUGGGGACUCCGCCAUGUAGAAAAGUUGCCCGAGAACAAAAAAGACAGAGAGCAAAUGUACAGGCUGACUGAGAAGAGCCACUGCAUCGGCGAGGCGACCUUGCACAAAGGUUUGCCCCCAGAUGUCAGGAAGGAGAUGUGUCUGGACGGUGCCGAUAUUAAACUCCUGGUUCCGUCCACGGACCACGAUCCGGCCACUCCCAGCGCAGAGGCGUCCCCCGCAACCACCCCCGCGGACAGAUUCGGCAAACUGGAUGAGGGAGAACGCCACGAGCCCAGCCGGUGCAUUUACGUUAUGGACUGGUUUUGUGGCUUCAAGGAGCCGUCUCAGGACGCUCAACCAAGAACGCCCCAGGAGAACGCGAGGUUGAUCGCGGAGAUGCUGCACGAGUCCCCGCGAGUCAAACUCCUCCUCAACCUUGGCCUGCUUAUUGUCUGCUCCGUGGGCAUCUUCAUGUUUGUCAUUUUCUCGCUGUAGUCAACUCACGCAAUCAACUAACUGGUACUGACUGGUUGGGAGGGGGGUUACCAAGGUGGACGUAGACCUCGCAGGCGGCCUGUUACAAACAGAUGAAUUUAUGAAGCUUCGAGAAGCUCUGUCUGUAAUAUUUACAGUUGUUUUUUUGUAGCUCUCUAACCGGGAUGUAAGCUUAUUCUAAUCAUUUUUUUGGAAUGAUUGAAGCUUCCCCACCAACAAAACGUACUCCUUUUUAAGACUUUGUGAAGCUUAUCCAGCACUUGUCUAUUUUGGACAGCGCUUGUUGUUCCAGCACUCUGAAUAUCUACUUGGAUAUUGAGGAUCGUUUUACUCCAAGUAAAUUUUAAUUCUGGCCUUAUUUGACAUAUGCACUAAUCUUCUUUUUUGUGUUGUAACAAACAAGUUCUGUGAUUCAUUUUUAUUUCUUGUUGACGGUGACUGUAAGUUUAGUUGCUACUGUAGCGUUCAUGUGUUUUGUGGUAAGAGUUUAUUUAAGAUUGUUGACCACGAAGGUUGUCUUCGAAAGCUAAUGCUGCUUAGAUUCAAAUUUAGUAAAAGUGUGUGUCUGUUUAUCGUCUUUUGGCCUGGACAUUACAUUGAGCAUAUUUCAUGAAAUAAAUCCUAAUCAAGCCUUCUUCUAUAUGGGGGGACCAUUACGACAUUUAUUAUCUAAUAGUAUCAAGCUUUGCCUCUCUGGUGAUUAUUAAACACUUUUGGUGACAUUAAAAUGGUAAGAAGCACAAAUUUGAGCACUUGUUUAGUGCGGUACAUAGCCGUGUGUGUUGUUAUCUUUUGUUUUCUGUUUUUGUUACCUUUGAAAACCAACAAAAAAGCUUUUUAUGCACUCUUAUAGCAUAACAAAAAGAAAAAAACAAUACUAUUGAUUCUGUAUCCAUCUAUAUUUUAUGCAUAUCACGUUACGUUCUAAACUGCGUGGAGUCUGUUGCAUUUUAUUAAAAUGGCUUAUUGGGUUAUUCUAUCACAUAACAUUCUCAAGUGUAUCUACUGUGUCCACCUGUACGCACUGCAUUGUUAAAUGAUCAUUUGUUGUUGUUUUGCAAGUGCAAAUUUCUACAACUUUUACCAAGUGUGAAUUUCUAGACUGGAGGGGGGGAAAAAAAAAAAAAAUAAUAAUAAAAAAAAGUCAAACCGUAGAUAAAAAAA